AGGCGGAGUCUGUCAUGCCUACUGCAGUACAAUCGUUUUUCACCACAAUAAAAUAUCCAGCUACUUAGUCGCGUAGGAUCUCUGUUAAAUGAAUGUGUAAUUGUUGUUACAAUGUAUCGUCUCUGUAUGGAUAUUUUGUUUACAUUGACAGAGUAAAAGUCAGGCGGCACAGGGGUCGAUCGUAUGCAGUAUUCGCAUAAUGCUUCCAAUGCCUAGUGUCGAUGGGGACAUUUUUGACUGUGUUCAACGAGGGAACGUUGAACAUUGUGCACAUAUCAUUCAACAUGAUCGAUCUAUCCUCAAAGAGAAAGGUUGGGGUGGUUUUAGUCCUCUCCACUUUGCGUCCCUCCAUGGUAACCGUGCCAUGGUUGACAUGUUGCUAAGCAACGGAGCUGACCCCAACCUGACCUGUGAUGCAGGAAUGACAGCCUUCCAUUUCGCCUGCAGGCAUGGUAAUGUAUACGUGAUGCACCAGAUGAUGCAGCAUGGAGCUGACCUGCGCAUGGUAGACCAUCAGGGCAAAACCGCCCUACACCAUGGAGUAUGUGGAGGGAACAUUGUAGCGAUGCAGUACCUGUGGGAGACAGGACUGUUUAGGUGGUGUGAUGGAGACAUGUACCAUGUUACACCUCUACACCUGGCUGCUGAUACUGGCAACACUGAGGUGGUCCGUUACCUGCUCCGAGGAAAGAGGUGUAUGGUGGAGACUGUGGAUGAGGAUGGGUUGACAGCGGUCCAUGUGGCAGCUGAGAGGGGCUGUGUAGAGGUGUGUUGGACGCUGUUACAGAGAUCCGGCUUCAGGAUGCUGCACUUGAAGACCUAUAGCGGACACACGCCUCUGGACCUCUGCAGGCAGGGAAAGACAUUCAGACACUUGCAGCUGACCAAACUACUGACCCGCUACAUGAGGGAGCCACCAUUCAACAAACCUGAUGAGUCCCACCUCCUUUACUACUGGACGUUAUUCUUCCCAUGUCUGAUUGGAGGAGCUAUUCUGAUUAUCGCAACAAUGUUGGGGGGCUACGGAGGGAUAACGUGCGCCGUCCUCUUCCCCUGGCUGGCCAGGAGUAUAUUUUCCCAGUUCCACCGCAUGACGACCUACCAGAGGUUGGCCAACCCCGUCUACCUAGGGACUGUGAUAGCUGGAUUGUUCCACUCUCUAGUCUGCUUCUACUAUAGAAUACUACCGCCUAGCUUGUGGGGUGAUGGUGUUCUGGGUCAUGUGUCACUGGUCCAGUUCUCUGUGGUUCUGGUCUUGUUCUGGAUGGUUCUAACCCAGGAUCCUGGAGAGUUGGGACCGGGAGAUGCAGAUCCUCGCUACUCCUCCAUAACAGACCUGCUGGAGAACAACCAGAAUCCUCAGAGGUUCUGCAUCUACUGUGAGUUGUUCCAGCCAGACCAUACUAAACACUGUAAAUUGUGUGAUGUGUGUGUGAGGGAUUACGACCACCACUGCCUGUUCCUGAACCGCUGUGUGGGCGGUGGCAACCACCGCCUCUUCAUCAUCUUUAUCCUCUCCAUGGCCACAGCACACCUCCUUUUCAUUGCCGUGGCAACUUACCACCUGUAUGUGGUCGUGGUGUCCCUCGAGGACCAGUCAUUGGUUAGAGCAGUAGCUGCACAGUUCUGGGUGGUCUCCCUGACGAUAAUGAACGUUCUGACAAUCCUUUGGGAGGUGUGGUUGUUGACGGAACAGUUUGACGCCAUCGCCAUUGGGACUACCACCUACUUCAAACCUACCUGCGAGACUCGGCCACGGUCGCUAGGACAACGCUGGACAGCGGUGCUUACCUUCCUAUUGGAGGGGAGGAGACGGUUAGAUUAUGGACUCACGGGGGACAAGAUCUCCAUAGACAUUUAGAUAAUAUGGACUCUAAAACCUAUGGUGAAAUGAAGAACAAUGUAUAUUUUGUCAGUUUUCCAUUCUUAAAACCAGCUGGAUCUUCUAGCCUGUUGAGCUAAAGCCUAGGCAUUACCUCGGGAAGCAAAUACCGCUAUUAAACAUAUAACAAGUGGUGUGUAGACCAGAAUGAGUUCUAAGAGAUCUUAACAUUAGAGAUAACAUGUUACUUAGAUUGUCUUUUGAGAGUGCGGUCGUAAACAUGUCUGUUAAACAUUAUACUGGAACAUAAACUGCCGUUCAAAAUUUUGGGGUCACUUAGAAAUGUCCUUGUUUUUGAAAGAAAAGCUAUUUUUUUGCCCAUUUAAAUAACAUACAGUGUUGACAUUGUUAAUAAUGUAAAUGACUAUUGUAGCUGGAAUGGAAUAUCUACAUAGGCGUGCAGAGGCCCAUUAUCAGCAAACAUCACUCCUGUGUUCCCAUGACACGUUGUUAAUCCAAGCAUCAGCAUUUGUGGGUUCAAUUACAGGCUCAAAAUGGCCAGAAACAAAGAUCUUUCUUCUGAAACUCGUCAGCCUAUUCUUGUUCUGAGAAAUGAAGGCUAUUCCAUAUGAGAAAUUGCCAAGAAACUGAAGAUCUCUUACAACGCUGUGUACUACUCCCUUCACAGAACAGCUUAAACUGUCUCUAACCAGAAUAGAAAGAGGAGUGGGAGGCCCCGGUGUUCAACUGAGCAAGAGGACAAGUACAUUCGUGUGUCUAGUUUGAGAAACAGACGCCUCACAAGUCCUCAACUGACAGCUUCAUUAAAUAGUACCCACAAAACACCAGUCUCAACAUCAACAGUGAAGAGGCGACUCCGGGAUGCUGGCCUUCUGAUAAUGGGCAUAUGUAGAUAUUCCAUAUAAAGAAAUCAGCCGUUUCCAGCUACAAUAGUCAUUUACAACAUUAACAAUGUCUACACUGUAUUUCUGAUCAAUUUGAUGUUAUAUUAAUGGACAAAACAAAAUUUUCUUUCAAAAACAAGGACAUUUCUAAGUGAUCCCAAACUUUUGAAAGGUAGUGUGGGUAUUGAAAAAUGUAUACUUUUAAUAUAUAGACUAUAGUAGAAUGAAUGUGGAAAUCUUGCCAGCGAACAAACCAACAUCAAACUCCUCACAUAACACACUGACUUAACCCCUGUCUUGGUAAGCAUUUCCUAUGUAUGCAUUUGGAGCUAGUUCUCUGUUUUAUGUGAUGCUCUGAGCUAUUUUAAAGCCAACAGUACUUAUACAAUGAUGUAGCUAGUUUAUGAAUAACUGACUGAUUUUGUCUGGCCUGUGAAGGAUCCCACUAUUUAACUAGUAUGUCCUGUGGGGUCCAUUCUCUGUUUCACAUUUUAAUGCACUGAUGUAUUUUGAAACUGUUUCAUUGGAGAUAACUGUUCACUUGAAUUGUUACCUCAGUUUUUUUAAUACUUCUCACUGGAACAUUUAUUUUGAACUUCGGUGUCAUUGUUGUUUUAAAUAAAAGUUCAAUAUGAUGCAA